AAAGGCGCAUGUUUAGAGGAGGUCAACUUCCGACAAGGCAUUCUUUAGAAACGUGUGGCUUCUGUGAGAGUGGAGAUGCUUGGAACUACAAAUAACAUGGAAAUGAUUCGAACUUCUCAAAAUCCGCACUAGCGACAUGAUUUGGCAAUCGUAAGGUGAAAAUAUUCUGUAGCUGUCAUCUUGCUUUGAAGCGCGGGAUGGACGAAGGGAGUGGACCGAGACGUCGCAGUUGUCUGCAGAUGUGGACGGAGGAAAACAAUAAGAUUGUCACCAGAUGGGAGGAAAACAAGAAAAACAAAGAAAGGACUGUUUUAUCUCAGUGCUUCAUUGAGCUGAGCAAGCUUCUUCAAACCAUACAAGGUUUGCCACCAGCACCUGCCAGCAUUCCUGUGGAAGUAGCUGUGUUUUAUAAUGUCACUCUUUUCUCACUCUCCACUUCGGAUAAAAUGAUUCUAGAUGAGAAUAAAAUAAAAAACGUAUUGCAAAGAGUUGUGGAAGCUUCAGGAGGUUAUUCAAGAAAUUCUGACAUCCUUGGCCUGUGGUGCACUGCACUUCCAGUAUUCUAUGAUAAUAGCUGCAUCACUUCACUUCAUCAACUUGCCUGUCUGCAGUGGGCUGUGUGGCUGCUGGAUUGCCAGCUGGAGAAAAUCCUGGAUUAUUUCCGUGUUCUUAGUAAGUAUGAGGGAUGGCCCAGUUCAACAUCAGAACGGUCCUCGGGUGAUAUUUUGAAGUUUAUGCAAAAAAUAAGCUUCUCGGCUGAUUCCAACCCUUUGCUUCUACAUGUUAUGAGUGCAGGAGAGUUAAAAGAUCAACUGUAUAGUUGUAUUGUACUUGCUCAUGGGAUGGAAAUAUUGGCUUCUGGGAAAUAUUUGGAGGCUGCUCAGAUCUUCAAGGAGGCAACAUCACUAUCAUUAAGCAUGAAGAUGCAAUCCAAGAUAUUUACCUUAUCUGGUGUCUGCUUUCAGAAUCUGGGUAAACCUCAGACUGCCCUUCAGUCUUUCAGAAGAGCUCUAGAGGCAGAUUUUAGUUGUCUCUAUGCUCUUUAUCAGAGCUCUCUGGUGUAUAGACAGCUUGGAAUGGCUGAUGCAGAAUUUGAAACUCUUCAUCUGCUUUGCCGUGCAGUGUCUGUUCCUGAAAAACGGGACUUAAUUUUUGAUGACUUGAAGUUGAUUUAUCCAGAUAAGCUACUACGUAACCCUGCCCUGAUAAAGAUGUUCAAGAAACCAUGCAUAACCUCUGUAAAAUAUUGCUUGGCUCAGAGAAGCCUAGAGUCUGGAAGGAUUGACGAUGCAGUGGAACAUUAUUUGGAUCUGCUAGAAGUGUUUCAGGAAGAGAAGAAUCAAGAGGUCUUUAUAGACAGUAUUGUGUCACUUCCAAGAAUUCCCGAAAUAUACCUAGAAGCAGCAGCUUCGCUGUUCAAAGCAAAGAAAUUCUGGGAUGUUACACUGGUUUGUGAAGAGGUUAUUAAAAAGAUUGCUGGUAUUGUUCCAGAAAAACUGACGAUUGCUGUCCCUCUCAAAGACUCUGAAGGCUGCAUUCCACCUAACAGUGAAAGCUUCUUUACUCAGCUAGAAUCUUGUUACCAAAAAGAAGAAUAUUCUGAGACUGUGCAAGAGCAAAAAAAUGAAAAGUUGAACUGUAUUUUAUGGACUGCUGCUGCUUAUUUUUAUCAGGGAUGGGCUUUUACUGAGUUGAAAGACACCAAAGAAUCAAUAACUCAUUUGAGCAGGUGCAUAAAUUUGUUGCUGACUGUCCAUAUUGUUCAGUCGGAUGGAGAUUGUAUCAAUAAUUCAGAAACAGGGAAAAUUACAAGGGAAGCAGUAAAACUACUGCACAGACUGAAAGGUCUGGCAUUUGUUAGAAGAGGAAUUAGCUUCAUGGAAAGAGGCCAAGAGAAAGAAGCAUUGCUCAAUUUUCAGCUGAGCCAGCAGUCCUUUCCAGAAUCUGUUGAUGGUGCCUUCUGGCUGCUGGAAGCCUUGUGGAGACUUGGAAGAAAGGAUGAAGCUGUUUCCUACUGGCAGAAGUUACAGGAAUCCAGACAAAGUGUAGUAGACAUCAAUAGCAUUCAUAGAGAUGCUGUGUUGUUCCUGUUGCCUCAGCAAGAAUUGUCAACCAGUGAUCUGGAGACUUUGAAUAAAAAAAUAGAAGAAUAUCGAAGUCAAGCAAAACCAUGAACUUGGACCAGUGAGCUUCUGUAGCAAGUGAGGUGCUAAAAAUAUUAUUUUUAUACUUUGUCUAAAAAGCUAUUUGUACAUGUAAACAUGGUAUCAUCAACAGAACAAAAUAUGGCAAUUAUAAGUGAAUCUGGAGGCAAACUAACAAUUGAGUUGGAAUGUAACAACUAUUAAGAUCUAUAAAUGUAACUCACUUUUGUUAAACAUCUCAAAACCUUUCCAGUUCUAUUAAAGAGAAACAUGCCUAAA